AUGAGAGGAGGCCGGGGAGGAAGGGGAGGAGGUUCCACGGGCGACCGUAAACCGUGGGUCCGUGAUGGGACCGAGCGCCGAGGGCCUGUGAUCGAGGAAGCUCCACUUUACCCGCCGAAUCCGGAGCUUCGGCCUGCCUCCCGUCUUGAUCCAGCCAUGGGCUGUCUGGUCCUUAUUCAUCGAUUAUUGUCCAACUAUUGGCGUAGCUCGGAGUUCCAUAUUGCUGACCGCCCACCCAAGCCCGAAGUUAUGAGGUAUUCGAAUCGAAACCAAAGCCAAAUGUACGACUUGGAGCUCCAGAAGGAAGCAAUUGUAGCCCACUGCCUGAAGGAAUACUUUCCUCCAGAGCUCCUGCAAUCAAAGCUUUUGCGGCCGACCCGGGGAUCAGGCAGAUCGUGCGCCUCAGAUUCUCGUCGGCAGCGACUAAAAGAGAUGGAACAGAAGGAGAGCGAGAGCAGGGGAACUGACGAAAAGCAAAGGAAUCCAGGCACCGAGGACAAGAAUGAAGACGAGCUAUUCCCGGUUGAGGAACUUGAGGAUUUUGGAGGAGAUGAUUACGCACACGACUACUAUGCGGACGAAGAUGUUGAUGACCAUUUGGAAGAAGCUGAUGACGGCGGUGUCUUUUAG